GGGGAAGUUCAAGAGGGAGGCCUCAGAGAAGGCUGAUGGGAGAGGAGAGCCAGUAGACGGAGCUCCAGCUGGGUCUCUGUCCACCUAUCUACUGUCUCUCCAUCAGCAUCUACUGAGCUAUGAGCCAAACCAGGGAUUUACAGGGAGGAAAAGCCUUUGGGCUGCUGAAGGCCCAGCAGGAAGAGAGACUGGAUGAAAUCAACAAGCAAUUCCUGGAUGAUCCCAAAUAUAGCAGUGAUGAGGAUCUGCCCUCUAAACUGGAAAUCUUCAAGAAGAAAUACAUGGAGUUUGACCUGAAUGGAAACGGAGAUAUUGAUAUCAUGUCCCUGAAGCGGAUGCUGGAGAAACUUGGGGUUCCCAAGACCCACAUGGAGCUCAAGAAAUUAAUCAGGGAGGUGUCUGGCAGCUCUGGGGAGACUUUCAGCUACUCUGACUUCCUCAAGAUGAUGCUGGGCAAGAGAUCUGCCAUCUUAAAAAUGAUCCUGAUGUACGAGGAGAAAGCAAGAGAACAGGAGAAGCCAGCAGGUCCCCCAGCCAAGAAAAAUAUCUCUGAGUUGCCCUGAUUUGUGGUAGGGGAGAUGUGGUGAGAUUGAUGGGACUUCUAAGGACCCCAACAUGGGAAAAGGGCACAGAAUUGUGGGCCAGAGGUACACUAAAUUAAAUAAACUAUCCUUCUCCAGAUCAA